AUGUCUGUUUCUAAGGAGUGUUUAGACACAGGUUGCACUAAAGCCGACUUGGUUAGACAGGAGGCCAUUCGUAAUUGCAGUGAGAAAAAGUGGUCAUCAUUUCUCUGCAUAUUGUGUCUCCCUUCUGUUUUAAAUAGGACUAUUAGUUAUUAUCCUGAUUGUGGGGCUCAUAGGUAUAAAUUGUUACUUAAUCGCAUGAUUCGACCCUGCUUAACUCCAAAGAAAGGUUUGAAUAAUUUUAUUCCUCUUCUUUUUCAUACACAGCAGCUUAAAAGAAAACAUGUAGCUGUUUCUUCCCAAGCAUCCACCAAGAAGCAAAAAAUUUCUCCAAUUCUUCCCAAAAAAGCCUCAAAUAUUGCUAAUUUUUUUAAUGUGGCAGAGAAAUCUGUUUUAAAGCCAAAAUCUCAUAUGGCCCAAAGUGAGUCAUUCCCCCCCCCCCCCUUGAUAAUAGCAAACUAUAUCUAAGUAAACCUAGUACUUCAACUAACACAAAAAGCAAUGUUUUAGAAUCAGGUGAGACACCCAUUGCGAAAAAGGUAAAAUCACAUGUUACUAAUUUUGAUGUUGCAAUGUACAGGGAUAUGGUUAAGGGAAUGAGCUCAUCUGAGAUUUGCAAUCUUAUCCAAAAUGUGUUUAAACCUGACAAAAAUAUUCAUUUCCUAAGACUAGUGGCAGAAGCUUCAGGUAUGAUUGGCUAGAAUUACAUUCAUGGCUUUGUUAUUCACCUUCUCAAGAUGGUGCAUUCUGCUUGUCAUGCGUUCUGUUUGGAGAUCGCUUUCCUGGUAAAUGUGGCAAAAUUCAUAAUUUAUUUUCUCAGCCUCUUCGCCGUUGGAGUGGUGCAGCAUAUACUUUGAAACAUCAUGCUGGACAGGGUUUAGGUGGGGAAAUGAGCCUGCAUUCAUGUACCUUCCCUAUACUGACAUCUUUACUUUCCCAAAUGUCAGGGAAAGCACAGCCAAUAGAGGUAAUUUUAGAUACAAACCUCAAAAAAGAAAUUGAGGAAAAUAGAAAGAAACUUGCCUCAAUUGUAGAUUCUGUUAUUUUUUGUGGCCAUCUUGGUUUACCAUUACGUGGUCAUCGUGAUGACUCUAAAUACCAUCCAGAAGUUGGCAAUUACUCUACAGGGGGAGUUGGUAAUUUUGUAGAAUCUCUUAAUUUUAGAGUUCGGGCAGGGGACAAAGUUUUGGAGGACCAUUUGAAAAAUUGUGGUAAAAAUAAGAGUUAUAUUUCUAAGACAAGCCAAAAUAAAAUUAUUAAGUGUUGUGGUCAGGUGAUCAGUGAACAGAUAAUUCAAGAUAUUAAGGCUAGUAAAUUUUAUUCUAUUAUUGCAGAUGAGGCUGCAGACUCUUCCCAUAAGGAGCAAAUGUCUCUUGUUUUACGUUUUGUAGACAUUGACAUAAAUAUUCGAGAAGAAUUUAUUGCUUUCCUUCAGUGUAGGUGGGGGUUAACUGGUGAACAACUUGCCAAGUUAAUAUUAGAAGCUCUUAACAACCUGACGUUAUCUAUUGAUGAUUGUCGAGGGCAAGGUUAUGAUGGUGCAGGUGCUGUGGCGGGACAUAUCAAUGGUUUGUCAGCUAAUAUUUUACGUAUUAACGAGAAAGCCCUCUAUACCCAUUGUUAUAGUCAUCGACUUAAUUUAGCUGUAUGUGAUUCCUUGACUGUUGUUGAGGUCAAUACUAUGAUGAAACAUGUUAAAGAAGUCUCACAUUUUAUUAAUAUCUCCCAGACACGUAACAUGCCUUUUGAGGAAAUUGUCCGCAAUUAUCCUGAGAGAGAAUCUCAGAAAAAACGGCUGGUAGAUGUUUGUCGGACCAGAUGGGUUGAGCGAAUUGCGGGUUUGGAUACAUUUAUUGAGCUUUUUGUCCCUUUAUAUGAUACCCUCAAGGAGAUGAAAGAUAAU